AUGUCUUUAGAGCACUCGGAAACCUCAUCUGCUGGGCCUCGAUCCCCCUCGACCACUGAUGACAGUCAGAUCAGGAGCCUUUCCAUCGAUAUCCUCGAUGGCGACCAUCAUGAUCUCUUCACCCGCGCCAUCACCAGAAUUCUUUUCACAGAGGUUGCCGAGCUGGCAUAUGCACAAAUAAUUGACGGCCUACCCCUAACUCGGGUCAUAUACGAGUCGAGAGGCGGAAAACUGCCUAAAGGCCAUCCUCUCCACAGUGCUCACCAGGAGCUAUGUCCAGGUAUGCUGGACAAGGUGCGACAGUUCCGCGAGGAAUUUGCACCUGAAAUUCUAAGUAUCGACUCUAGGCUGCUCUUUGCGUACCAAGCUGCCGCUCCGGGGUCGAGGGCAUUCAAUAUCCGACUCAUUGAAUUGAUGGCUGUUGCGGUUCACCAAAUUGCAGUGAUGCUAUUCAAUCUCGGCACAAGUCUACACAAAGACGACGGCAUCACGGAAUGGGCGCCGCCAAAGUCCAACAGGCUGUACUGGGACCACAACCCAGACGGGCCACUCCCCACCCUCUUCAAGCACCCAUGGUAUGUCGACUACGAUCAGUAUCCUAAUGGGGCUGCGGACAUGGCAGGUUACUGGGCCGAGUCCCGCAUCCUUGGGGGCGUUGUCGUGUUCGAUCGGCGCAGACAGUCACCAGACUUUGACCCAUAUGCUGUCUACUUGCACUCGAACCAAACAAAUGUCACAUACCGGAUCUUUGAGCUUCUUCCUGAGCAGAAGCAAGCCUUGAUCGAAUUUUUGACUGCUGAUGCUGCCCCGCCGGAAAGCCCCCUCCCGAUCUUGGGCCACGACAUGAACCGUAAUCGCGUGGAUCCGGAGGAGCCCAUAGAGGAGACGGGUAUUUACAGGGACCUGUGGGAACGCAAAGAGUUACCUCUGGAUGCGCCUGAUGCGGCUAGAAUGAGGGAUGUGUGGGAUGUGCUCGAUUUUCCAACACAGGCUGAUAAAGCCGCCUCUAAGAGACGGGCGAUUGAACGGAGAGAUAGGUAUCUUCUCGGUAAUGACGGCGACGCAUAG